UUCACUUGUCAGUGGGAAUCGAGCAGCUGUCACAACUUGUGUGUGCGCGCUUCCGACUAACGACACGUACUUGUAGUGUCAAAAGGCUUCACCAACAUGGCACGCGGGCAUCAGAAGCUUCAGUCCCAGCAGAAGAAUGCCAAGAAACAGGCCGAGAUGAAGAAGGCGAAGGGUCACGAUCAGAAGACGGCGGCCAAGGCAGCGCUAGUGUUCACCUGCGCUGUGUGCAGGUCCCAGAUGCCUGACCCCAAAACUUUUAAGCAACACUUUGAGAGCAAGCAUCCCAAAUCCCCUAUGCCCCCCGAACUAGAGGGAGUGGAGGCAUAAACGGCUGCUCCUGGAUAACCAAACCGACUUCCUCAAGGCCCUGCACCAACUCUGCACUUGUCUCAGUCUGACAGCAUUGGAUUGAUGUAACCAACAUGAAGGCAUUUUCCUUAAUUUAGGCUUUAACAGGCCCGGUUGCCUUUGACACACACAAUGCUUCCUCCCAUCCAGUCCUGGCGCUCGUCUGUGUAUGUAAAUAAACCCCCGAAGGCCUGUUUUUUUUAUUUGAAGGCCGCUAAAGACCUGUAUGAUCCAUGAACAAUCCAAGUAGUGAAUGAAACAGACUCCUCACUGCCCUGAUGUGUUCUGCACAUAGGAAUAAUUCUUGCUACUAUCACUUACACGCCUUCAUCUGAAUCUCUUAUGGAUUGAUUGUCUGAUUAAAUUGUUAUAACACAAAAGUGCAUCCUUUACAAAGCAGGGAUUCGGCAUUGGUGGGAGACAAAAAAGGAAGAAGUUUUAAUAUUUUUUUUUUUUUAGUUUGUUGCAAUCAGGGCAAUGACAAAUGUGACCUCAUCUAUUUUUUUAGUAGUAAUUAAAUUUAAUUUCUUUGAAUGCUGAGCGUUGAAUCAAAAGGAGUCUGUGACAUUGUUUUAUUUUAUAAUUUUUUUUGGGUGUCAUAUCAUCGUCGUUCAGUAUGAAAUUCCACCACAGUGCUGUCUGCCUGGUUUGUACUGUAAUCUUUUCAUCAUUAGUUAAUCAUAAUUUCAUGUUGGGGUCAUCGAAAUGUGAAAUUUUGCCAGCUAUUGCCAAGCUGCUACAUUGAAAUGCAAGUUAAUAAAAUUUUAGCGGAGCUUGACAGGAACAUGAAUGUAUGCUCCAAUGAUGUAUUAUAGCAUUUUAUUAAACUUUACUUUGUGGUA